GUGGGUGGUGAAACUCCGCCCAAUUCCAGCAAACAACAACAAAAUGGCAGACGCCAGAGGGGAGGAAAUUGCAGAGAAAAUAGCUUGGAAAACAGCCAUACUCCGCUCAAGGAAGCUUUUUGAAGGGACCUCACAACUACCCGCACCCUCUAAAGACUUUUGCCAGCUCCUCAUUACUGAGAAAGGUGUCGCAUGGCGCAAAUGGAAGAUAACACUCAGAAAUUAUUCACUGGGGAUGGCACCUCACCCCAUCGAACAGAUCAUGACAUAUGAAGACUAUAGGUUUGACAGGUCGCUCCAGUUUGAGAUUGAGACUAUUUUCGGAGUCAAGGCCCUAAACCAAACCUUGAAGAUUGUCAAAGGAUGCAACGAUCCCUUGAGCAGUCUACCUGAGCCACUUGCUAUCAAAGUUAUCUGCUAUCUUGACUUGCAGUCAAUCGAGUAUCUUUCACAGGUCAACCAGCACUUUCGCGAGCUCUGCAAGGCCGACGGUCUCUGGGAGAAACUCUAUGCUAUGCAUCAGGGAACUCCGAGUCGUGAAGUGAAGGCCCUUGCUAAGGAGCUGGGCUGGAAGCACGUUUUCUUUAUGAACAAGCUUCAGUUGCAGAAGGAGAUUUCACGAAAGAGACGACAGUUACUGGCAUCACCCUCCGACUCUGGAGCGAGUACUUUCAUGACUCAACAAAUUGAAGAUUAAAGUACUCGGAGAUACGAUAGUCUGACCAGCUAGCACAGAGACUUAACAACUGUUAUCACUUCUUUACUAUUUUAUUAGUUAUUACAAUAGAUUAUUAUCAUAAUAUAUAUUGAAGAGGAACCACGCCUCUUUGCUUUACAAAACA